AUGGAGGACGCACAUACCAAGUCCCCAGCCGAAUGUCUGGCCUACUUCGGGGUCAGUGAGACUACUGGUCUCAGCCCCGAUCAGGUCAAGAAGAACCUGGCCAAGUUCGGCUACAAUGAGCUGCCUGCUGAAGAGGGGAAGACCAUUUGGGAGCUGGUUGUCGAGCAGUUUGAGGAUCUUCUGGUCAGAAUUCUGCUGCUUGCUGCCUGUAUCUCCUUUGUGCUGGCCUGGUUUGAGGAAGGUGAAGAAACUGUCACCGCUUUUGUUGAGCCCUUCGUCAUUCUGCUUAUUCUCAUUGCAAAUGCCGUUGUAGGAGUGUGGCAGGAACGUAAUGCUGAGAGUGCCAUUGAGGCUCUGAAGGAGUAUGAGCCUGAGAUGGGCAAGGUCUAUCGUUCUGACAGAAAGAGUGUCCAGAGGAUCAAGGCCAGAGAGAUAGUCCCUGGUGACAUUGUGGAGGUGUCUGUUGGUGACAAAGUCCCCGCUGACAUCAGGAUUACUGCUAUCCGCUCCACAACUUUGCGGGUUGACCAGUCCAUCCUUACCGGUGAGUCUGUCAGUGUGAUCAAGCACACUGACUCUGUCCCCGACCCCAGAGCCGUCAACCAGGACAAGAAGAACAUGCUUUUCUCUGGUACCAACAUUGCUGCUGGCAAAGCCGUCGGUGUUGCUGUUGCCACCGGUGUGAGCACUGAGAUCGGUAAGAUCCGUGAUCAGAUGGCAGCCACUGAGCAGGAGAAGACCCCUCUUCAACAGAAGCUUGAUGAGUUUGGUGAGCAGCUCUCCAAGGUCAUCUCCCUCAUCUGCGUCGCCGUGUGGAUGAUCAACAUCGGCCACUUCAACGACCCAGUGCACGGAGGCUCCUGGAUCCGUGGUGCUGUCUACUACUUCAAGAUUGCUGUUGCCCUGGCUGUGGCUGCCAUCCCUGAGGGUCUGCCUGCUGUCAUCACUACCUGUCUGGCUCUUGGCACUCGCCGUAUGGCCAAGAAGAAUGCCAUUGUCCGCUCUCUGCCUUCCGUCGAGACCCUGGGCUGCACCUCUGUCAUCUGCUCUGACAAGACUGGCACCCUUACCACCAACCAGAUGUGUGUGACCAAGAUGUUCAUCAUUGAUAGAGUGGAUGGAGACCAUGUUGAGCUUGACUCCUUCGAUAUCUCUGGCUCCAAGUACACCCCUGAGGGAGAGGUGACAAAGGCUGGUGCCCGUGUUGACUGCAGUCAUUAUGAUGGUCUUGUUGAACUGGCAACCAUUUGCGCUCUGUGCAACGACUCAUCUCUGGACUACAAUGAGUCUAAGAAAAUCUAUGAGAAGGUGGGUGAAGCCACUGAGACUGCCCUGUGCUGCUUGGUUGAGAAGAUGAACGUGUUCAAGACCAGUGUCAACAACCUUAGCAAAGUUGAGAGAGCCAAUGCCUGCUGCAGCGUUAUUAAACAGCUGAUGAAGAAGAACUUCACUCUGGAAUUCUCUCGUGACAGGAAGUCUAUGUCUGUGUACUGCACCCCCGCUAAAGGCGACAGUGGUCCUAAGAUGUUUGUUAAGGGUGCCCCCGAAGGUGUGAUUGAAAGGUGCGCCUAUGUGCGUGUUGGUUCUACCCGUGUGCCCCUUACCAAUGCUGUUAAGGAUAAGAUCAUGGCUGUUAUCAAGGAGUGGGGCACUGGCCGCGACACACUCCGUUGCCUGGCCCUUGCUACCCGUGAUAGCCCUCUGAAGGUCGAGGAGAUGAACCUUGAAGACUCCACCAAGUUCGCUGACUACGAGACUGAUCUGACCUUCGUUGGCUGCGUUGGUAUGCUGGACCCACCCCGUAAGGAGGUCACUGGCUCUAUUGAGCUGUGCAGGGCAGCUGGCAUCCGUGUCGUCAUGAUCACUGGUGACAACAAGGGUACCGCUGUUGCUAUCUGCCGCCGUAUUGGCAUCUUUGGUGAGGACGAGGAUGUGACUGGUCGUGCCUACACUGGCCGUGAGUUUGAUGACCUGCCCCAUUCUGAGCAGGGUGACGCUGUGCGCAGAGCCUGCUGCUACGCCCGUGUCGAGCCCUCCCACAAGAGCAAGAUCGUAGAGUAUCUGCAAGGCUUUGAUGAGAUCACUGCCAUGACCGGUGAUGGUGUGAACGAUGCCCCUGCCUUGAAGAAGGCCGAGAUUGGCAUUGCCAUGGGCUCUGGCACUGCUGUUGCCAAGUCAGCCUCUGAGAUGGUCCUGGCUGAUGACAACUUCUCUUCCAUUGUGGCUGCUGUUGAGGAAGGCAGAGCUAUCUACAACAACAUGAAGCAGUUUAUCCGCUACCUGAUCUCCUCCAACGUGGGUGAGGUCGUCUGUAUCUUCCUGACUGCUGCUCUUGGUCUUCCCGAGGCUCUGAUCCCUGUUCAGCUCCUGUGGGUGAACCUGGUGACUGAUGGUCUGCCUGCCACUGCCCUGGGCUUCAACCCCCCUGACCUGGACAUCAUGGGCAAGCCCCCUCGCUCCCCCAAAGAGCCCCUGAUCUCUGGCUGGCUCUUCUUCAGAUAUAUGGCCAUUGGAGGAUAUGUCGGCUCUGCUACUGUUGCAGCUGCUGCUUACUGGUUCCUGUAUGAUGAAGAGGGUCCUGGUGUCACUUAUCAUCAGCUGUCUCACUUCAUGAAGUGUCAUGAUGAGAAUGAGGACUUCACUGGCGUUGACUGUGAAAUCUUUGAGGCAUCCCCACCCAUGACCAUGGCUCUGUCUGUACUGGUCACCAUUGAAAUGUGCAAUGCCCUCAACAGCUUGUCUGAGAAUCAGUCUCUGAUUCGUAUGCCCCCAUGGAGCAACAUCUGGCUGGCGGCUGCCAUGACCCUCUCCAUGUCUCUCCACUUCAUGAUCAUCUAUGUUGACCCCCUGCCUAUGAUCUUCAAGUUGACUCACUUGAACUUUGAUCAAUGGAUCGUGGUAUUGAAACUGUCUUUCCCUGUCAUCCUUAUUGAUGAGGUGCUGAAGUUUGUCGCCCGCAACUACCUGGAGGGUAAAGAUGAAAAUCUAGUGUCAAAGAAGUGGGAUUGA